UCAGAGAGUAGUGGGCUGUGCUUUGACUGUUACAAAGUGCAGAGAGCAGUAACAGACAGAGGCAUAGGAGGUAACCCAAAGAAUCUAAGGCUGCCAUGUAUCGGACACGGAGCGAGAGGAUUCUAAAUGGGCAAGGGUUAGUGAGAAAAUAAAGGGCAGAAAUUUCACAGGGAUAGCGAUAGAGAGAACUUGAAAAGGAGAAGUGGUAAGUUCGGACUAUAAAUACAGAAUAUAUGAGUGCAGCGAGCUAGAGAGACAGAGACCGCUGGCAAGAGAAAGAUUCAAGUCUAAGGUAUGUAAGAAGUGAGUGGCUUCGCAGCGGAACGAGGGACUGCGAGCUGGAUGAAGAGAGAGCAGCACACAGCCUGACAAUCCGAGAGACUGAUCACACAAUUGUGAAAAAUGGGACUGCAUUAGUCGGCAGUGCUUCAGCACUUUGCUACAAGACUGAAAUGAGAAGAGGACAGAUUAAAAGGGCCAAUAACUGAAGAAUCCCAAUAGCUUCAUGUCGUGAUAAUGGCAGGCGCAGGCUGGCGAGAUCCCUGGUUGGUGCUUCUCUGUGCUGGGAUACUGUCCGUGACCGACACUCAGGAAUCCCUGUGUCCCAAACCAGCAGUCUCUCCAAAUAGUCUCAUGGUCCUCAUGUAUUCAAAUGUGAGCCUGACUUGCCCAGGAUGCAAUAAGACAAUGUCCUGGAAAAGUCACAAUCGAACUCUGGCGCCGGUGAAGAAAGUACAGCAGUUACUAAAAAAUUUCCGGUACAAAGAUGUGGGUAAUUACACCUGUUUCAGCAAGAGUGACCCAGUAUGUUCUGUGCAGCUACUAGUAAAAGAAACAUUGGAGACCCCAGUGAUACAGUGUUACCUCCGGCACCCCAAAGGUAGAAUCACCUGUGAGUGGUCCCCAAAGGAGAGACUUCCCAAACGGGCCAAGACUACACUCAUUACAAUCAUAUUUAACACUAUCACUGAUUCUACAAUCCAAAAGUGGCCUUGCACUUACAAUGGCACUUCAAACAAGGUUCAAUGUCACAUUGGAAAAAAGCUAAGCCAGAAUUCAAAAUUGUCCAUAUCGAUGUGUGUGACGAGCUUAUCCGAUAGCCGAAGGAGCGAAACUUUAUCCAGCCAUAUAAAACGUCUAGUUCAGCCAAACCCUCCCGUCAAUGUAACCAUAUCUCCUGUGAGAGGUGCACCCCGAAAGUUAUAUGUCUCCUGGAAGACGCCUGAAUUGUGGACUGAACCAUUCUACCAAUUACACUAUGAGAUCCAAUACAGUGUCGAAAAUUCUCAAUACACCUCUAAUGGAUCAGCCACAGAAACCUAUUACAUGAUUGAGGACGCUGUGAUGGGGAGAAAACACAGAGUGAUGGUGCGUGCUCAGGACGAAUUCAAACACGGAUUAUGGAGCAGUUGGAGCGUGGCGGCAGAAGGCACCCCUUGGAAAGAUGACAUGCAGACUUUGCCAACACAGGAUCCUUCUGAAAAUGACAUAACGUUCUUCACAACGUCAGAAGAAGAUUACUCCACGGAAACUGAGGAUGAAGAGACUCCGGUGAAGACUGUAGUUCGUCGGUACACACUCCUCGUGGUUGGCGUCAAUUUGGGAAUUUUUAUUAUUCUGUUCAUGGUGAUAACGAUGAGGGUGCAAAAGGUUCGAUGGCAACUAAAAUUAAAAGGGAGUAAGUUAAGGAAGCUUUUUUCACCAUUUGGAGCCAAAGGAGACACGGUUAAAAACGAUUCUAUCUUCAUGACACCAUGUGCAUCACCAACUACAGAGACAAAUUUAAUUCCCACAGAUCACACAGACACAUGAUCUGGACUUUUGGACAAUAUUUGUAUCGUACAAAGGACACAAGUUUGGGAGACUGGAAAUACACAGACAUGGAAGCAUACUUUUUGGACAAAAUGGUUUAUUUUCAGCAUUUGAGACUGCAAUGCCAGUGACGGGGGCCAGGCAUAUUUCUUUUGUUAAUAAACACUUUAUUAUAAUUUUAAGAGACACCUCCAGAGUUGUCAUGUGGGUGAUAUGGACCGU